AUGCUUCCGAUAUGUUACUUUCCAAGGCGAUAUCUCAUGAUUCUCCAGUUUCAAGUCCUUUUAAUCUUAUUACUUUUUCCAGCUAAAGAAUGCACUAUGCCAGAAGCAAGUCAAGAAGGAUUACUGCAUUCAUUCAAAAGUUAUUCAGAUAUAGCAAUGUUUCAUUACACAGUCCCGAAAGAAGUACUUAGAGCUACAUGGCAAUUUGCUGCAUUCAUGGAUGGUCAAAACUGUCCAGAAAGAAAAGUACAUAUAUAUCUGCAAUGGGGCAGUUAUCCUGUGAUAUCUGUAAAUAAUGAUACAUUUCCUAAUGAUAUGUAUCCUAAGCGUAAUCAUACUAUUAUAGUUUCUGCAAUUACAACAUUUGAACCAAAAACCACUGCAAUUGUACCGAUUUAUGGACCAGAAGCUGGAGAUUGGUUUGUUGGAGCAUAUUUGUCUCAUUGGGAUGAAAAAGUUCAACAACAGGGUCUUGGACAUAAAUGUCAUUAUAGUAUAGGCUCUGUAGCUAUAUGGACACAAACCAGUACUAUUGAAAAUAUUCCCAUUGGUUAUCAACAAACAUUAAAAACGAAAGAAGCUACUUCUUAUUACAAGAUAUAUAUCCCAUCUGGAACAUGGAAUUUUCAUAUAGAUAUUUGGGGUUGUAAUUUUACUGUGCAUAAAUUUCAUAGCAUACAUGAACUUUGCAUUAAAAAUAUGGCACUACGAGGACGCUCUCUACCUGUUUUUAAUCAUUCUGAACCAAAUGAAAUUGGAAAUUUAACUAUAUUAGAUUCAUAUACCUUUACAGAAUCAUCACCUUAUGAAGAUAGUUAUUAUUAUUUGAUGAUUAUUUCGGAUAGUAUAAUUGAAGUAAAUGUGAAAGUAGUUAUCUCAGAAUGUCCAAUUAGAAUAACAGAGAAAUCUUUUGUAAGGCAAUAUUUAGAUGCACCUUCAUUUUCUAAAGCAUUGGCUCAGUUGCAUAUGAAAGAUAUAACUAAACAUCAUUUACAUCACAAUGAAAAUAAAAAUAACGAAUCAUCUUAUAAUGAAAUUGAUCUUAUAAAAAAUCAAUUUCGUAUAUUAGAAGAAAAUUUUGAUGAGCCAUGUGUCCCAAGAUAUCAACUAGCUAGAAUUAAACAUUCACAAACAUUUUCAGGAGUUUAUUUACUACAGAGUAGAGAAUGGUUAACUUCGUGGGUAAUAUUAAAUGAUGUACAUCCAAUAAUAACACAAUUUAAUGUUUUGCCAUUAGUUGAUAUUGGUGGUACACUUGAUAUAAGUGCUCAUUUGGAGAUGGAUAAAGUGGCAACAAAACAAUUAGUGAAAGUUACACUUUGUGUUCGGCGCGGACGAAUUCCCAACAGAAUUAAGAACAAUAUUAUAUGUGAAAACUCGAAAAUGUCGAUGAUCUUAUCUUCAUUUGAUAAACAUGACAAAAGUUUAUUAAUACCUUAUCCACAACCUGAUACUUGGUAUGUUACCUUAGAUGCAACUUGCUAUUUUAAUGGAAAACCCGUAAAUUGUGAAAUGGAAGAAAUUUUAGUAUCAUUGGAUAUACGAACUAGACAAUGUGUAUUUGCCGGAAAUUAUCCAUGUGGCCGUCAUGGAAUUUGUCAAGAAAUUCAUCGUGAUAUUCUUUAUUAUACAACGUGUAAAUGCUUUGAAGGCUAUAAAGGAUGGGGCUGCACUGAUGCCACUAGUGCCAAUCCAGAAUCUUCUCUCCUUAUAACAACAAUGAUGCUUACUUUAAGUAAUGGUUUUUUCAUACCUGCUAUAUAUUUAGCUAUUAAACGCGGAUUAUAUACCGAGGGACUAGUUUAUUUGGCAACAAUGCUUUUUUCAUCUUUAUACCAUGCUUGUGAUCAACAUGUUAUGACAUAUUGUGUUGCUAAAUAUGAAGUGUUGCAGUACAGUGACUUUUUUUCAAGCAUAUUAGCAUUUUGGGUAACUCUUGUUGCAAUGGCUGAAAUACCGAUUCGUUUUGUAUCAUUGUGUCAUAUGUUUGGAGUUUUUAUUAUAGCUUUUGGUGUUGAAUCCAAUAAAACAAGCUUAACUAGUAUAUUAGUACCUUUAGGAAUGGGCAUUAUGAUCCCAAUGGGGACAUAUGCUUAUCGUUGUUUCUAUUUUAAAAAAUGGAAAAAGCCUGAUAGAAUUUCAAAGUUAUUAGCAGGUUUAACAUUAGCAGUUGUAGGUUUAUUGCUCUUUUCACUAGUUGAAACUGAAGCAAAUUACCAGUAUGUUCAUAGUGCAUGGCAUAUGAUAAUAGCCAUCUCAUUGAUAUUCCUUUUACCACCAUCGCGAUUAGAGCACAUUGGUUCUUCGGGUUCUAACUCAUCUAACGACGAUAGUGAAUUACUCGAUUAUAAGGACCCACCAGGCAGUCCAAUUUUUACAGUGACCAGUGGUGAGGAAAAUCUGGUAAUUGGGUCAAAUUGA